CCUCCCCCUCUUCCCCCCCCCCCGGGCCAAAAUGUCGCCUUCCCGUCGAUUCGGGACUUCGCUUGCUUCCCAACUCCUACGCACGCCAUUGCCUCCGUCCACCACGCGAACAGCCUUUGGUCGGCACUGCUACCACUCCUACGACCACCCACCAGCAGUGGCUGUGAGUUACGGUUCAACGGAACAAGCUAUUCUUUCUGCAGCCUAUACGCACGUUCCACAGCAUGGAUUCUCACAACGGGCGCUUGCACUUGGCGCCGAGGACGCUGGGUAUCCCACUAUCAGUGCCAGCGUCCUUCCUGACGGAGCCUUCAGCCUCAUACGCUAUCACCUGGUAACAAGGCGGGAGGAGCUUUCCGGCAAGACCAAAACGAUCUUCGGAGAAAAAAAUCUGGGCGCACAGCAAUUGAGCACUGCGGCGAGGGUUGAGCAGCUGACCUGGGAGCGCCUCCUGGGAAACAAGGACGUGGUGCACCGAUGGCAAGAGGCGCUGGCCAUCAUGGCCCAACCGUCCUACAUGCCCUCUUCGCUAAAAGAACUCUCGCUCCUCGCCGACGACAUCUGGUUCCUCGCUGGAGAUACCUCAGUGGAUCCCUCUUGGUACACGAAACGAGCUUCGCUCGCUACCAUAUAUGCCUCGAGCGAGCUCUUUAUGACUACCGACAAGUCCGAAGGCUUCUUUGAGACCCGGGAUUUCUUACGCCGGCGGUUGGAAGAGGUCAAGCAAAUGGGCUCCGUCGUCGGUUCCGUUAGCCAGUGGCUGGGCUUCACGGCAAAUGCGGGCAUCAACGUGCUGAGGAAUAAGGGGUUGCGAAUUUGAAUGAGCGAACUUGGUCAAGGAGCGGUUGGGCGACUGGACAAGCUGGACAAGCUGGACAAGCUCUCCUUUGCUCCCUCCCCUCGCCAUCGACCCCCUGGGUUGUCGUGCUGGGCGAGACGGAUUCACAUGUUCCCACACCCUAUCCACCUCGGGUCUCCGACCACAUGUAAACUGUGUAUUAUAGGUACUUCAUAUAUAAUAAGGUAGAUAGGAGAUGUAUAACCCAUGUGCGUCUUAAAGGCGUCCGCGC